AUGCCUCCAAUUUCUGCAUCUAAAGCUAAGAGAGAAGCCAAGAAGGCUGAAAGAGACGCUAAGAAGGUCGCUGCCGGUAAGACCGUCCGUAAAUCCAAGAAGAAGACUGACGAAGAAGUCGAUGAAGUUGGUGAACAAGCCAAGGAAAUUGAAAAGUUGAAGUUACAACAAGAUGAUGACGGUAUCUCCGAUCGUGUUGUUACUGGUGUCCUAGCCUCUUUGGAAACUUCUAGAGAUAUUAAAUUAACCUCUGUCUCUCUAUUAUUCCAUGGUAAAGUUUUAAUUCAAGAUUCUACUCUGGAAUUAAAUUAUGGUAGAAGAUAUGGUCUGUUAGGUGAAAAUGGUUGUGGUAAAUCGACUUUUUUAAAGGCUAUCGCUACUAGAGAAUAUCCAAUUCCAGAAAAUAUCGAUAUCUACUUAUUAGAUGAACCAGCUGCUGCAACAGAAUUUUCUGCUUUAGAGUAUGUUGUCAGAGAAGCUCAAGCUGAAUUACAAAGAAUGGAAGACCUUGUUGAAAACAUCAUUAUUGAAGAUGGUCCAGAAUCUGAAUUAUUGGAACCAUUAUAUGAAAGAAUGGACUCUCUAGAUCCAGACACUUUCGAAAGUAGAGCUGCUGUUAUCUUGAUUGGUCUGGGUUUCAAUGCUCAAACCAUUCUAAAAAAGACCAAGGACAUGUCUGGUGGUUGGAAAAUGCGUGUUGCUUUAGCCAAGGCCCUUUUCGUUAAACCAACUUUGUUAUUACUUGAUGACCCAACUGCGCAUUUAGAUUUGGAAGCUUGUGUUUGGCUAGAAGAAUAUUUGAAGAGAUUUGACAGAACUUUGGUUCUAGUUUCUCACUCUCAAGAUUUCUUGAACGGUGUUUGUUCAAACAUGUUGGAUAUGAGAUUAAAGAAGUUAACUGCUUAUGGUGGUAACUACGAUUCUUACCACAAGACAAGAUCUGAAUUGGAAACUAACCAAAUGAAACAAUACAGUAAGCAACAAGAAGAAAUUCAACAUAUUAAGAAGUUUAUUGCGUCUGCAGGUACUUAUGCUAAUUUGGUUAGACAAGCUAAAUCUAGACAAAAGAUUUUGGAUAAGAUGGAAGCUGAUGGUUUGAUCGAAGCUGUCGUUCCAGAUAGAGUCUUCUCUUUCAGAUUCCCAGAAGUCGAGAGAUUACCACCUCCAGUUCUAUCUUUCGAUUCUAUUUCUUUCGCUUACGAUGGUAAGAAAGAACAUAACCUAUAUGAAAACUUAGACUUCGGUGUCGAUAUGGAUUCUAGAAUUGCUCUUGUUGGUCCAAAUGGUGUUGGUAAAUCUACCUUAUUAAAGAUCAUGACCGGUGAACUUAUGGCUCAAAAUGGUCGUGUCUCUAGACAUACUCACGUUAAAUUGGGUGUUUACUCCCAACACUCUCAAGAUCAAUUAGAUCUAACUAAAUCUGCUUUAGAAUUUGUUCGUGAUAAGCACCCAGAUAUCUCUCAAGAUUUCCAAUACUGGAGAGGUCAAUUAGGUCGUUACGGUCUAACUGGUGAAGGUCAAACUGUACAAAUGGGUACCCUAUCUGAAGGUCAACGUUCUCGUGUUGUCUUUGCUCUAUUGGCUCUACAACAACCAAAUGUUUUACUAUUAGAUGAACCUACCAAUGGUCUAGAUAUUCCAACUAUUGAUUCUUUAGCAGAUGCUAUUAAUGAAUUCAAUGGUGGUGUUGUCGUGGUUUCUCACGAUUUCAGAUUAUUGAACAAGAUUGCCAAGGAUAUUUUCGUCGUUGAACACAAGACCGCCACCAGAUGGAAUGGUACUAUUCUGGAUUACAAGAAGAAAUUGGCCCAAAACGUUGUCUUGUAA